AUGGCUGCCAACGUUGACAGCAAUAAUUUGAUGGGGACUUGGACCUUACCCUCUUCAUCUGGAAGAUCCAUACCGUUGUGGCUCUAUCGCCGCCUUCUCUACACGUUUCACAUGUUCUCAACGGCCAGUCCAAAUGGCGUUCGAGAAAUUGUGCAGCUACAAUUCAUUGUCACAAUAGAUGAUGACAUGCUCGAUGCUGUUUACCGUGCUUUCAUCACCCUACCUACCCAUCAGCUUCGACGACUGAGGCACAUACCAGAGAGAGACAUGGCCCCUCGCUCUGGGCUCACUGGCCCAGACGUCCAGAGCACACGACCUGUGACAGUUAUCCCAUUUAAUACCAGGCAACGGCCGCCAAGGAUUCAUGUCGAUGCAUGUACUGGUCAGAGACCGGCAGCACCAUUUAACUUGGUGAUCAAUCUAACACAAGACGAGUCCUCUGCAGACGAAGCUCAAAUCCCCGAGUCACACUGGCGAGAUAUACCACGUUAUCCAAGUGCUGCUGUGGAUGUUUGGAGACAAGCAGCACUCCCUGAAACUGAGACUCCCCAGACACAGACAGAUGAGACCGAGAAGAUCAUUGGCUUGCAUGACAUAUCUGACUCACCACCUCUCUCUCCUCAGCAAGCGCUGCCCAGCCAUCUUCUUCCAGCCCAGGCGCACGACAAUUCGGAAUCUCUCUUCAUUCCAGAGGAUGAACUACCAGAUGACCAAUUCGAAUCCCUUUUUGUCUCUGAAGAACCUGUCCAGGCAGCGAGGCAUGUCCACAACCAUCAUGGCGGCAUACGUGCCCCAGAUUGUGGCAAUAAUGAUGGUGAGAGGCACACUCAUCUGACUGCUAUAGAAGAUGAUGACCUUCAAGAAGCAAGUGACGAGGAGUUUCGACCACUUGCAAGAUGUGAGGUAGACGGACAUCGAUCACCUAGCUGUCAAGAUCAAUCAAGUCAGCCUCGGGAAUGCACGGCCAGGCCUACUCCGUCUCCUGCCCCAGCAGAUACACGAAUGGGCAAAGGCUGUACAAAACAGCCCUUUCCGGAGCUGGAGGGCGCUGGAUCUGAUGAUUUUGAAGACUAUGGUCACCCGACACUCCAACUUGUCCCGCGCAGGGCCAACAAAGAUCAGGAUUCACGCACGUCAAACAUUAACAUGAGCGACAAAAUCACAGCUGUCUGCAUCAACGAGUCAGAUAAUCCUCAUCAGUCCAGUGACCAGCUGGUAGGCAGCGCAUCUCAAUCUUUAUCUCACCAGGACGGAGCUAAAAGUGAAUAUGUUGGAGGUUCAUGGCCUGCAAACAUAUUAAGCCCCCAACGUUAUCUUGAUCCAUCUUUACCUAGAUCCCCGUCAGCGAUGGACAAUUCUAUAAGGAAUCCUGACAACAUGAUCCUAAUGACACAGGAUGACCCCUCUGCUGAAGCGAGCGACGCGAGCACAUCCUCAAGCCUGUCAAGUCUGCGCACACCAUCUGAUCCAGGCAUCCAAAUGUCAGAUACCGAAGGCAUUCCUAGCCGCAACAAUACCAAUUCAGAACCUAGCCCUGAUUCCGUCGCAUCGAAUACGGAUGAUGGAAUAGCAAAGCUAACAUCGCCUCUGCAACCUGGCGCUAGGCGUCGAGACAGAUUCGGUAUGAUGAUGGUCCUCAUUCGCCUACCGUACAGCUGGCAGUUGCGAUGGGUGCCAGCACCCAGGGAAGAGUCAUUCAGCCCACCGCGACAGCCUCCACCAAGACGAUGGGAGGACAGCGAAUGGAGGCACUACCCCCGCGUAAUGGAGGCUUUGCAGCGGCACGAUGCCAUGCUUGCAGCCCGGCGUGCGCGGGAGGAAGGCCAUGCUGCUACUACUGCCAGAGAUGAAAACAGUGACAGUGUAGGCGAGGGUGACCGUGGCGAUAGCAGUGCACACAGCGGCGAUGAUAUCAAUACCAGCGAUGACGUGCUGCCGUCCAUCGAAGAACCCGAUGCUGAUCAAGAGACUGCAACAACAUCACCCCGACGCCCAAGAAGGCGGACCGGCUCAGAGCCUCCUUUUCUCCACGACCACAAAGUUCUCCCGCGCGACGCAGCACAGCUCUACGAGUUCAAGCCAGGAUCGAUCCUGGCGGAGCAUACGCACAGCAGCGGACUCAACAGACAAAUCGGCAUUGGCUCAGGCGUUUGGAGAGGAGGCGUCUUCGUCAGCGUCGUCGAGAGCAGAGAAGUAGCAGCAGCAGGAGAUUGUGAGUGA